AACGUAGGCACUACGGAAGAAAAAGUGCUUCACCAUUUUUUCAAUGAAAUAACAUGAGAAAAAAGUAGGACAUGCACAAUGGCAGAAAAGGAGAAGGUGAAGGUGUUUCGCAGUGUCUCUUUCAAAAAGUUAGAAAGUUGGAGCGCGAACAAAAGUGUCUGUGACGAUCAACAAAACAAAUCAAAGGAUUGUGAGGGCAGUAGCGGCGCCCUUCCCCCCCCAUCUACUGCGGUGGCAACAGCCGAGAAAGCGCACCCCUCGGCUACGAGUAAUGUUAGUGUGUCAAGGAAAGUUUCCAAAAUCUCCGCCGCCAGCCUUCCCACCGCAGAGCUAAAGAAAGGUUCUUCCACUCCUCACUCCUCCAUUUCUCCCUCUAUUCGCCAACUCACUGAGAAGUUCAGUAACAGCAAUUCUCUAUCGCACGGUUCUCCGAGCACUGGCAGUGCCGUGGCCGGGAAAAGUACAAUUUUACCCCGUGUUAAAGGCAGCAAGGGAGAAGGGUCCCCGUCUCGGAAGUCGUUCCACGAGGACAGUGGAUAUUUACAAGUGGCUGAAACGGAUUUAACCGAGUCUCCGACUGACGCUAAAGUCCAGGACCAAAAGCUUUAUUCAGGCACAGACUCGGUUUCUGGGUCGGAUUCAGAGAGGAGUCAAAAAUGGAUUUAUACACGCAAAUCUGCCGAAGGCAGCGUUGGCGCUGGUAAGAGACUUUAUUCCCAAAUCGACCCGUCUUUCUCUGAUAACAAUAACGUUAUUAAGCCUCGGAACGAUGAUGUUUUUGUCAGUGGGGCCCCUGUCUGCAAGUCACACAGGAGCUAUUUCUUAACUCACCAUGGAGAAGCUCCAAUUCACGUUGACCUAACCCACUGGCCAAGCGUAACCAAGAUCAGAGAGCUUUUUGGAGACAGGCACAGAAAGAAGUACCGGUCCACCUCUGACGCAGAGGAUUUAAAAUCUGCUGACCACCUCCAGCCCUCUGCAUCUUUUAAGGAAAACUCCUCAUCAGACAGAAGUAACAGGCAGUCACCAGUCCCUGAAGCCACUAGACUCACAGUGUCAGACAGAAACCGCAGGGCUGUAUCCCUGGACAGAAAGGGGGGAGCGAAUAGAUGCCAGGGCAUGGACUUACACUAUCACCCUGACCAGCACUACUCAGACGAGGCAGAGACUGAAAUAGCUAGCGCUAGUAUUAGUAGGAGCGGCAGGUUUCUUAAGGUGAUCAAGCCAUCCAACACGCGCAGUGCCCACAGCCCUAGUAGUGGAGCAGAAGGGACUGAGACCUGGACGUCUAAUCUGAACUCUGACCCUAACCCUGAAACCAUUGCCUCUACUCCCACCCCCCCACCCCGGAGCAGCUCUGUGGGCCUCUCCUGUAUCCAGCGUUGUGAAGAGCAGCAGCAAAGACAGGGGGCCGUGCAGCCCACGGAUAGUUUACAUUCCUUACAUAGUUCCUCCAGACCAACGGUCCCCUCCUCUGAUAGAGCCUCAGCCCGAGCAGCCAUCAGAGCCCGCUGGAGGUUCAGCUCAGGAGACGAAGAAGAGGAGUGCUCCCGGGGAGUUGGAAGAAGUGCUACCUCGGUCCCCCGCUCCACAGGAGGAGUUGGAAGUUACCUGUCCCGUGCUAAGAAUGGCUGGUGGGGGGGUAAGGUCCUGGGCAAGUCUUCAGGCAGUGAGGAAGACAGCCCUGCAUCGCUAGGACCCAGCCGAGACGCUGUGAGACGCCGCUCACUGAGGAAGAAGAAGAAGAACAGCGGGGUCGCCACAGGAACAGGGCGAGACGAUGGCGAAUCAGAUGACAGUGAUGACGAGCAGACAGGUAUGAUGGAACACCUGGAGAGACACCAACUUAACACCACAGCCACCGCAGAACAGUCUGCAAGCGCCCGGAACCGGCUCAGAGAACCUGAAGGCUCUAGAACCCGUGCGGUGCAGUGGGGGUACAGUUCUACUCCCAACCAGAUGGGGGCGCAAGAAAGCUACAGACGCCAGUACACCACAGGCGUGGCCGGGGCAUCAUCUCCCGUUACCACGCCCCUCCCAGGGGUGUCAAGGGUGUCAAAGGUGAACAUCUCGUCUUUUAUCUCGAGUCCCGGCGAGUCACGGAGCAGCAGCAGAUACUCCAGCACAGAGACCCUUAAAGAAGAGGACCAAGCUAGCUAUGCGAACAGAAGGGCUAACUGUAGCAGUGCAGCCACCCCGGGCAGCAUGGUCGGGCCAUCUUCCUCCAUGCUCAGUAAGACCUACCACGGUAACUUCACUAUGUACCGCUCCCCCAGCUUUGGACACGGGGAUAACUUCUCCCGUGCCCCUGUUAGGGUCCGCCCUCGCAUCGUUCCCCCUGCUGACCUCCCGUCAGCCACAGGGAACACUGGAGGAGUUUCUAGGGAGGAGACUACAGGUUUCCAGCGGUUGCCAAGCAGUGGUGUGGUGAGUGAUAAGGACCGGAAUCGAAUGUCAAUGUCAAACCCGGAUAUCGCCUCAGAGACAAUGUCCCUUCUCAGUUUCCUGAAAACCGACCUAUCAGAGCUCAAAGUUCGUAAGACGGACAGGUCUUUGUCAGGGGUUACUGAGAGGUCGUCUGCAGUGUACAGGAUGGGGUCAAGAAGUCAAGGCCUCCACCCAGUGCUCCGCCCUUCAUUAAAGGAUCUCACCGCAACGCUCCGACGUGCCAAUUCCUUCACCUACUCUGAUAAACCAGUAGGGCGGCAACAUUCAGCCCGCUCAUCAGCCAAAAGAAGCUCUUCUGAGCAACGUCUGGAUCGAGAUGGAGCAAUGGAUGAAGGAAUGAUGUUGGUGCCUGACAGAGAGGUGGAGAGUGAUGGAGGGGACUGCAGAGCAGGGACUCAUGGGUAUGAGGGAGUGAUGCCCACCCCGCUGCAGGACAGGUAUGUGCAGGAGGCCAGACAGGUGAUAAGAGAUAUUUGCCAGAUGAGCGCUCGCAAAGAUGAUGAUGAUGAUGAUGAUGAAGAGGAUGAUGUGCUAGGUACAGAUGGCACUAAGGAUGAAGGUUUGAAGGGGUUGAAAGAGGGGGAGGGAGGAGAGUUGAAGGAUGAGACAAGCAGAACUAGGGAAGCAGUGUCCUCCAUUUCAGGCCAGGAAGAGAAUAGGGAGAGGGAACAGGACGGAGAGAAUUGUCUGCUCAUGGGAGAUUCUGAGGAGAACGUGUCCUACGAUAGAUCUGUGGAUGAGCUUUCGGGUCACGAGUCGAGCCUGACCGAUGAGGGUAUUGUCACAGAACCAGAGACUGGACCAGGUGACCCGGAGAGGCCAUUUUUUGGGUCUGGUUUAGGGUCUUCGCUGACAGGAGAUGGGCUGGGUCAACCCCUGACAGGUUGGAAGCAGUGUGCUUUGCUUCAGGAGGAACGGCCAGGGUUGAAUGAGGGAGCGAAUGAGGGAACUGGGUUCCAUGACGGAGCAAGAGAGAAACAUGAGAACUCUGUCUCUGUUCUUGGCCUCGGGGCUGAUGCUGAGAGCAUUGCUGUAUUAACAGAGAUGAGUGCCAAUGGUACUUGUGGAAUGACCAACAUAUCCCAGAGUGCCUCUUCCACAGAACUUGAGGCUCCUCCAACUCCGAGCGCUAUCCGCCGCCGCCGGAAGUUCUCUUCAGCUGGGAACACCGGCUCCGACUCCAGUAACGGCAGCAACGGCGAGUCCAACGGGAACGGGGAUCCUACUGUUUACCGUUCACUGAGUGACCCCAUUCCUCACCGGCGCCGCUCUGUGUCAGAAGAAGGGAGUAACAGCUUCUCCGUAGACAGCAACCUGCUGGGGUCACUUUCUCUGUCCUCAAAAGGGGGAGGAGUUGGAGGAGGGAGUGUCCCAGAGUCGUCCUCUGCUGCCGACCUAUCAGAGUGCACAGGCAGUGCUGCCAGUGACCUAUCAGUGUGCAGUGAUGGUGGUCUCCGUGACGAUAGUGUACGGGACGACUACAGCAAUGUGAUUCGGAGCAUUGUUGCAGAGCCAGGUGCGAUGGACAGAUUGAUGACUGAUGACAAGAACAACGGGAAAGCCACAAAGAAGAAAUCCUUUUCUGACCCCAGUCGCCGUGGUGAUGGUCCUUUGCUUGACGACCCAGGGUUUAAAAGUCCCCAUCAACCCAAUGAACCAAUCAGUGAGCUGGAUCAGCCUGGUCAAAUCCCUCCGUCUAGCAGCGAGCCCAUCUUAAGCGAGCAGAGAGAUGAGCUGUGGGAGCUAGGAGAUGAACGUGGACGCCAAUUACGUAGUCGCCAUGGCAUCAACGAAGGCGGGAAACCCCGCUCCCAAUCAGAAAGGGCAUUGCCCUCCCGUCUCCGUGCAGAUGACACAGAAGGAGGGGGUGGAGGUGAGAAAUUAAACUUUUACCCUGAAGUUCUGUCCCCCAGAAUGGGCCGGCGGUCUUCCAGGAAACGACCGACACGGGUAGCCCAGUCAUCAUCAGAUGAGCUUGAACACUCAGAACCAGUUCAAGGAGACCAGGGUCCAGGAGUUGGCCCUGAUCAAGAUCAAAUGGAUCUUACUCCUCCACUCCCCCCGACUCCCCCCAAACCUCCCACCAGGCCCAAGCAUGUCCGCCAUGCCAGCGAACCUGCCACUUUCAUCCCCAUUGCUCCGCCUCCACAAUCCCAGAGAGCCCAGGGGGAACCUCCUGCCUUUCGACCCGCCCCUGCAUCCUCCAACCCGGCUAAGCCAGCAGGUGAGGAUGCCCCCUCCCUGGAGGAUGUAACUAAGCAGUAUAUUCUGAAUGCCCAAGGCGGGGAGGGGGACGUGGCUGGUUCUGGGCCUGGUGGAACGGUGCCUGUACCAGACGGGUCCAACUCCAGCCCUGCCGCUCCCACCGGUGCCAGAGAAGCCGGACUGCAAAGGAAAAGCAGCGAGGAGCUCAGCACACCAGCCAAACCCAGAGUGGACAUGAGAAGACAUGUCGUGAUGACCCUCCUGGACACUGAACAGUCUUAUGUGGAGUCGCUCCGGACACUCAUCCAGGGCUACAUGCGGCCUUUGAAGCAACCGGACAGUGGAUCCCUAGUGGAUCCCUCGUUGGUGGAUGAGAUGUUCUAUCAGAUCCCAGAGAUCCUGGAGCAUCAUGAGCAUUUCCUGGAGCAGGUCACUGGUUGCAUCAGCCAAUGGCACGACAGACAGACAGUGGGCCAACUGCUUAUUCAAUCUUUCUCCAAAGAGAUUCUUGCUAAUAUUUAUUCGGCGUACAUCGAUAACUUUCUGAACGCCAAAGACGCAGUCCGGAUUGCAAAGGAGGCCAAGCCGGCGUUCCUGAAGUUCCUGGAGACCAGUAUGCGUGAGAACAAGGAGAAACAGGCCUUGGGCGACCUGAUGAUUAAACCUGUCCAGAGGAUCCCUCGCUAUGAGCUGCUUGUCAAGGACCUGCUGAAGCACACCCCAGAGGAACACCCGGACCACCGGUUGCUUUUGGACGCCCAGCGGGACAUCAAGCGUCUGGCUGAGAAGAUCAAUAAGGGGCGUCGCUCCGCGGAGGAGGUGGAGAGAGAGACACGUGUUAUGCAGGAGAUUGAGGCCCACAUCGAAGGAGUCGAACAUGUCAGAGAUAUCCUGAACCCAACGAGGAAGUUCCUCAGGCAGGAGAUGGUGAUGGAGGCGAAGACCGUGGGGGGUAAGAAGGAUCGUUCUCUCUUCCUGUUCAGUGAUCUGCUGAUCUGCACCACGCUCAAGAGGAAGUCUGGGUCCCUGAGGAGAAGCUCCAUGAGCCUCUACUCAGCUGCCAGUGUGAUUGACACCUCCAGUAAAUACAAGUUUCUGUGGAAACUUCCUCUGGAAGAUGUAGAGAUGGUGAAAAGCCCCUCCCAAGCAACCAACAAAGAGACCAUCCAAAAGAUGAUUGGUCGACUGGACGAGGACCUGAGCACCCUGGGACAAAUCAGCAAACUGUCAGAGACUCUCAGCUUCCCUCACCAGUCUCUGGAUGAUGUGAUAAAGGACUUGAUGGCAUCCGUACACAGGGAGCUAGCGGAGAAGCAGUCCCUGGCCUUCAGCAUGACCUUCCUGCCCACCAAGCUGGAGCUAACCACCGCCUCUGCUGAGACCAGCUUCGUCUUCGAGUUCAGCUCCCCGGACACACGGAGCAACUUCGAACAGGCCUUUGAAGAUGCCAAGAAGAAGCUUGCAAUGAACAAGGAUCAGUGGGACCCAGAGUUCCUGAAGGCUAUCCCGAUUAUGAAGACUCGUAGUGGGAUGCAGUUCUCGUGUGCGUCCCCCAGCCACAGCUGUCCAGAGAGCAACUGUGAGGUUUGGGUGUGUAACAGCGAUGGUUAUGUAGGCCAGGUAUGUCUGCUCAACAUCAAGGACGAGCCCACAGUGGAGGCCUGCAUCGCCGUCUGCUCCGCCAGGAUCAUCUGCAUUGCUGCUGUUCCCGGACUCAAGGGGAGGGAACGUGGAGUGGAGCCUGCCCCUCCCCCGGUAGCUGCCGACCCAACCCCAUCCCAGCAGCAGCUGCACAUCUCCAUCUCUCAUUCGUCACUGGAGCUGACCGAGCCCCUUUCCGGAGGGGGGCCAGAGCUAGUUCCGUUUGACAACGACGACUCGGACGAUGAAGAUUCCCCUAGCCCCUCUUCCACUCUACAGAGCCAAGCCAGCCAUUCCACGAUAUCGUCCAGCUAUGGCAACGAGGAGGGCACUGGUUCAAAGGACAUGGCCACAGAGACCACCAGCAGUGAAGAGGAGCAGGAGUACCCCGUGUCCAAUGCUUACGGAGCUCCGGGAGGCCUCGGGGGAGGCCGACGAGGUCGACCCCACAGUGAGAGCCCUAUGGAUGGGAGAGCCAUGCGCCGCUCCUCCCGGGGAUCCUUCACUAGAGCCAGUCUGGAGGAUCUUCUCAGUAUUGACCCAGAGGCUUACCAGAGCUCUGUGUGGCUGGGCACCGAGGAUGGAUGUAUUCAUGUGUACCAGUCAUCCGACAACAUCCGCAACCGUAAGAACAGCAUGAAGAUGCAGCACGCCGCCUCCAUCCUGAAUAUCCUGUACCUGGACAACAAGGUGUUUGUGUCCCUGGCCAACGGCGACAUCAUCGUGUACCAGAGGGAGGCCAGCAGCUUCUGGGACGCCCAGUCCUCUCAGACUCUGAGUCUGGGCACGCCCGGUAGCCCCGUCACCAAGAUGGUCCCAGUCGGGGGGAAGCUGUGGUGCAGCUCGCAGAACCGCAUUCUCAUCAUCAACACGACCAGCCUGCAGCAGGAGCAUUGUUUCCAGGUGGGCACCGACUGCAGUCGUUGUGUGACCAGCUUGGUAAGCUAUGGCCAGGGGGUGUGGCUAGCGCUCCAGGGCAGUGCCCAGAUCAGACUGUACCAUGCCCAGACCUGGGAGAGCUUGACAGAGGUGGACGUGGCUCCCGCCGUGCACAAGAUGCUAGCAGGUUCAGACGCAAUCAUCCGGCAGCAUAAGGCCGCAUGUCUGAGGAUCACAGCCCUCUUGGCGUGUAAGGACCUGCUCUGGAUUGGCACCAGUGCGGGGGUUGUCCUGACGCUGUCCAUCCCGGCCGUCAGUUCUGGUACGGUGUCCGGGACGCUGCGGUCACCCUUGACCCCCAUGGGCUCCGCUCACGGACACACCGGCCACGUCCGGUUCCUGACUUCCAUAGAGUUGCCCGAAGGCUUCAACGUCAACUUCCCCCUGCCUGCCGAUACCGCGGGCAACCUGGCCCAGAGUGGUGUUGACGGGGGUAACGGGGGUCUGCAGAGGCGGGACUCUGCUCUCCGACGAGCCUCCGCCCACCUGCCCGCCAAAACCAAUCAGCUUGUGAUCUCCGGUGGCGAUGGUUAUGAAGAUUUCCGGCUGACCAAUAGCAGUGAGACAGUGGGGCGGGACGACAGCACCAACCACUUACUGCUGUGGAGGGUCUGAGCCAAUCAGCUGGACAUAUUUAUCUACCCUCCCCCCUCCCCCGGCACUAACAACACACUGCUUUGGAAGGUUUGAGGACAUACCCAUGUUCCUGUUCUGUGCCAGUGAGAGAUCCCCACCUUCAGAUGAAACGACGUACGACGCCUCACCCUGCUCCUCAAAUUCCUCCCCCUUUUUAAUCAAUACAUUCACUUUAUUGGCUCUCUGCUCAGUCUUCUGGUCUGUGUGCAUUGGUGUUGUAAGCCUGGACUGAAAAACACUUUCAAAUCGGGUUUCGGUGUUUUGUAAAUCACUGAGUGUUUAGGCAUCGGACAAGACUCGCACUCCGCUU